AUGAAGUGUCUGCGAGCUGCUGACGUACGGCACGGGAGCAAAUGGGGAGCGUUGGCCAAGGUGGUGAUGACUUUUGGAGUGGAUAACAAGCGGGUGGAUCUGGUGAAGGCCUUUGGCUCGUUAGAAUUGUGGAGCGGCGAUACCGAGGGUUCGAACGACCACGAGGCCUUGGAUGACCAUGAGGCCUCGGAUGACCAUGAGGCCUCGGAUGACCUUGAAGCCUCGGAUGACCUUGAAGCCUCGGAUGACCUUGAGAGACUAGUGGUUGAUGCUUGUAAGAUCCUCAAGGACAUGCCAGACAUGGUAAUUGGCCUGGAGGAUGUUGAGCACGUGAAAUUGUUGCCUGAGGAGCUGGAAGAAUUGCACAGCGAGUUUCGUGCGAAGAAGGAUCUGUGCUUUCACGUCCUGAGGGCCCUUCAUGACUGUUUGUUCGUCUUCGCGAAAGUCAGGGUUCCGCAGAAGGUACGGGAACCAUUGAUUGGUUGGCUGUGUCGUUUUCACACACGCAUGAGCCAAGAUGAUUGUAUUUAUAUUUUCGAGGAGUACAGGGACAGUAGUUCUGAAGCUCAGCACCGCCAGACACGAGAGAGGUUGCGGCAUUUGGAUCCGGUGCGUUAUUGGUUGGAUGGAUUCGUAUGUAGCUCGGCAGAGGUCAUGGAGAGUAAAGCUAUGAAUGACCUGAUCGACCAAAGUUACUCAGAUGACGAUUUAGCCAAGUACGAUUCAGAGAAGGACUUAGCCAAGUACGAUUCAGUUAAGGACUUGGCCGAGAACGACUCAGAAGAGUCAACCACUUACGACUCAGAAGAGGACUCAGAAGAGGACUCAGAAAAGGACUUGGCCGACAACGAUUCAGAAGAGUUAAGUAUAGAGAACCCAAGCAAGCACUUACUUAGAUUCUGUCGUCGCCAUCUUAACCCAGAGGUCGCGCGUGCCGAAGAUCUUAAGUUCAAUCUGCACAAACUUAUUCGGUGUAAACUCAAACGCACCAAGCACAUCAAAACCUGCGACAUUCCCUUCUACCAACCCCGGCGGUCGGAACACGUCGCCUGGGCUCAGGCCGUUGGCGCCCUGGAAGAGCUGCCAUGGGCCAGGAGGCCAACCGUGGCAGUGAAUGCCGGCGAUGAGUGGAUCGCGCAAGAGUCGGUAAUGAACCACACCCGGAAGAGAACAUUGUAUGAAACUAGGCGGAACCUGUUGAGUCUCUUUGAUGCAGCGAAAACAGGACGCCUGACCUGGGGGCUGUCUGAUGACGACGAUGCGGAUGGGGCUGCUGCAGGACCCAUCUAA